GGUAACGUUUUGACUUUUGUCACAAAGAAGGACAAUUUCAUUCUAGUAAAACUGUGACUUUUUUUCUGUAACAUUACAAAAAAAAAUUUCUUGGUGAGCUACAAUACAAAUUUCUUUUUUUUAAAUGGUAACUUGAGAAGUCAUCAUUUUGCAAACUCAGGUGAAUCUGUUGGUAAAUAUUGGACAUUUUAAAGUGAAAUGUGUAUGAAGUUUUUGCCAACCGCAUUUUUCAUAGGGAGUCUCAUUUGAAAGCUGGCGUGGUGGAGAGUGUGAAUUUGGUGAGAAACUCAAUGUCUUAAAACACUUUUACUUUUUUAAAAAUUGUAGACCAGGGAGGGUCGACAUUCAGCGCAUGGGCGCCCCUCUCCCCACACACAAAAUUUUUGUAUUUUAAUUUUUUUACAAACUGCAAAAAAGCAUAAAAAUGCAGACAAACAUAUAAUAUAUGUUUUCUACAGACCGCGUUGCAAAAUCCUGCAAAAACAGUAACACCUCCCCCCAACACACACACACGCACACACAAUACAAAUACAAUGUCGCGGGUGCCGAACUGCAAAGAUGCAGGGUUCAUCUAGAGUUGUAAUGUCACAAAUCACCACUAGAUGGCAGACUUGAUUUAGUUGCACUUGGACUGAUUCUUAUACUGCCUCAUACUACAGUACAUGAGUAGGCCUAUUUUUUAUUUUUUUGCGGAUUACCAACGAUAUACACAGCAAACAUAGUACAUUGAUAAUAUUACAUUUUUGAGUGAGUUGAUUUUUGCGUAAAUUUACAAAAAUAGGGAAGCAGUUUUGUGCUGUCUUUGAAUGUUCAUGUGUGCUCUUUGCACUGGAAAAAAAACAUAUUGCAAGUGUUUGUUUUGUUGUUUGCUUCAAAUAAUUUGCUGUUGGAGUAGCACUGUUGAAAAUAGCUGGCCCCCCUCCGACAUUUAAUUUGCCCGUCCCUGCUCUGGACAGUGAGAAAAGCAGCGUCUGUACCGUUAAAGUGUGCCAUCUAUAGGAUCGAAAGCGCAAUUGCAGUCUUUGAACGCAGGAUGGAAUAGACGGGGGUGCGUCGGUGCAGCCAAUUUGAGUGUCGUCGUGAACGCGCACGCUAGACGAAGACGACCCUCUCGUGCUGUAGAGGCUUCGUCCUUCCUUGGCGGCUAUCGGAGGCGCGGCCAUGGGCUUCUACGGGACCUUGAAGCUCAUCUUCUACAAGGUCAAGAGGAAGCUGGAUUACGGUCCAGACGGUCGGCCGUUUUCCUCAGGAAAAAAGCAUUGCAGAGGCCAUUUUAGUCCUCCCGGAGCGGUUCAGAGUGCACCCACGACAUUUGGGGAGCUCCGGCUGGCCAACGGGCAUUCGGCUCAACGGCGUCGCGUCACCUCGGGCCCGCCCCCUCGCGGUCUACAAGAUUGGCUUCAUACCUUUCAGGCGUGGAGCGGACCCGAGAGGCUGCUGGCGCUGGACCACUUGAUUGAGGCGUGUGAAACGGGCCAACUCAAGCACGUGAUGCAACUCAUCCAGCCGCACUUUCAGAGGGACUUCAUUUCCCUGCUGCCCAAAGAGCUGGCUCUGUAUGUGCUGAACUUCCUGGCUCCCAGAGACCUGCUGCAGGCCGCUCAGACCUGCAGGUACUGGCGAAUCCUAGCUGAGGACAACCUGCUGUGGAGGGAAAAGUGCCGCGAGGAAGACGUGUCCGAGUGCGCGUCACCUCGCCGCAGGAGCUGCGUCACGUGGAAGUCGACGUACAUACGACAACACCGCAUCGACACCAACUGGAGGAAGGGGGACGAGCGCCAGGCCAAGGUGCUGAAAGGUCACGACGACCAUGUGAUCACAUGUCUCCAGUUCAGCGGUGACCUCAUUGUCAGCGGCUCUGACGACAACACGCUCAAAGUGUGGUCGGCCAUCACUGGCAAGUGUUUGCGUACGCUGACGGGCCACACGGGCGGCGUGUGGUGCAGUCAGAUGGCGGCCACCGCGGUGAUCAGCGGCUCCACCGACCGGACGCUGCGUGUGUGGAACGCCGACAGCGGCCAAUGCGUCCACGUACUGCACGGCCACACAUCUACCGUGCGCUGCAUGCAUCUCCACGGCAACCGGGUUGUGUCGGGCUCCAGGGACACGACGGUGCGCGUGUGGGACGUGUCGAGCGGUCGCUGCGAGCACGUGCUGACGGGCCACGUGGCGGCCGUGCGCUGCGUCCAGUACGAUGGACGCCGCGUGGUGUCGGGGGGCUACGACUACAUGGUGAAGGUGUGGGACCCCCAAACGGAGGCAUGUCUCCACACUCUGCAGGGACAUACCAACCGGGUGUAUUCACUGCAGUUUGACGGCGUCUUCGUGGUUAGCGGCUCGCUUGACACGUCCAUCCGAGUGUGGGACGCGGAAACAGGCAGCUGCGUCCACACCCUGACGGGCCACCAGUCGCUGACCAGCGGAAUGGAGCUGCGGGACCGCAUCCUGGUGUCCGGGAACGCCGACUCCACCGUUCGCGUAUGGGACAUCCGAACGGGGCGCUGUCUUCACACUCUGCAAGGUCCCAACAAGCACCGGUCGGCGGUGACGUGCCUGCAGUUCUGCCGAGGUCUGGUUCUGUCCAGCUCGGACGACGGCACGGUCAAACUGUGGGACCUCCAAACGGGCGCCUGGCUGCGUGACGUGGUAGCGCUGCCGAGCUGCGGAUCCGGUGGUGUGGUGUGGCGCAUCAAGGCCUCCGACACCAGGCUGGUUUGCGCGGCCGGCAGCAGAAUGGGCACCGAGGAGACCAAACUGCUGGUGCUGGACUUCGACCUGGACGAGCAGCAGACGGACCAGAACGGACAGACCGAGUCGGACCAAGAUUCCGUCGCGGAGGAUUCCGUUCAUUAAAAAGGGAUUUUUUUCCGCCGGACCCGAUCGCAAGGUGACCCGAGUUUUGAGGACGCAAAACAUUUUCCAGCACUGGAAAGUGCUGACUUACUAUUGCUGCUAACCAACUGGGAACUCGGCGUCGGACCGACAACUGUGUUGUCAUGGUCCGAAUGGUUGACCUCCCCCAUCCCCCCAUUGCACGCUUUGCAGGGAUCGUUUCCCCUCCCAUCCAUCAAUGCACUUGUUAACUUUUCCGUGGCCAAAAUAUUGUGCUGUCAUGAAUUAGUGUGUCAUUUGGGGAUUGAAUUGCCUGUGAAGAGUGACAACGUGAUUCCCCGAUCAAAGUGUUUGAACCCUAAAUGCAUAAGAAUCAUCUGAUUAUUCUUCAUAAUGAGAACUUUAUAGCCACUGCCUGCCAGAAAUGAAGCUAAACGCUUGCAUCCACAAGACAGACGCAGGUGCGUGUGUGUGCGUUUGUGCGUCAGGGCUGCAACUAACGCGCGUUUUAAUAGUCGAUUCAUCUGUCAGUUUUUUUUUUACAUUUUAUUAAAUUCCCAUCUCUUCAUUCCAAAACAGAAUCUUUCUGCUUUGGUCUGUGGCAUCCAUCAGAAGAUGGCGAUGUUCGGUUUCCAAAGUCGAAGCAGAUGUUUGAAAAUGUCUUUAUUUGAAAGAAAAAAAAAAACCACGGUCUGCUUUCACAAUGGGCGUCAGAAUAACUGGUGACAGUUUGAAUUUGCAAGACUAUGGACAAAUUGAAGUCAGUGUCACGAAACGAUUAAUUGAUUUGUUUGACGCUUCAUCAAUUAAUUGUCGCACCUGUAAUGUGUGUGAGUGAGCUCAUGUAAAUAAAAGAAAAGCUUGUACAAAU